GAGUUCCAAAGCUCGUCGCUAAAUUGUGACUUUACCUCAAAAUUCGACGUCAAGGUCGUGCUAAUGCCUAUCACUAGCGAACAAAGGGCAGCGAUUGAGAAGGUUAUCAAUGUUAUUACGAAUACGACAGCUCCGGGAAGGGGAAGACGGAAUGUUAGCACCAUAUUCAUGUCUUUGGUGGACCGAAAUGAGUGGCCUGAAUACUUUGAGAUAAUCCCGGAACCUCGCUGUCUAAAUAACAUCAAAGCUUUUCUGGAGAAAAAUCGAUACAGGGACUGUCUGGAUGUAUACACAGACCUGGCGUUGGUAUUUUGGAACGCGUUAUUCUAUAACGAGGAGGGAAGUCAAAUAACUCAUGACGCGGAAACGCUUAAGAAAGUGCUUGAAGCUGAAUGGAAGAGACACACUGUGUUACCCACACCUCGCUCGACCUCACCACCACCUCAGUCUGCUCAAAAGGUUCAUAAGACUGCUGCUCCUCCUCCGUCGACUGUGAAACCAACAGCGCCUACGACGACGACAACGACAAAAAUCCCUGCACCGCCGAAGUCUGCUCCAGCUGCUGCCCCGAUUGCAAGUUCAUCCAAAAUCACUCGUCAGGUUUCUCCAGAAAUAGAAGUUGACGUCAGUGGCAUGUCACCAGAGCCUGAAGGCCACUCGGACGAUCCUGCAGCCAAGUUGAGAAUGGAAGGUGUAGGACAGCGAGACUCUGUGAGCGAAGAGAUUGUGACGCAGUUGGAGAGGAGUUUGCCACGGUGGCCUGGGUUUGUAGAGCAAGGCUGGUGGGAAGAAGGAAACCAGGCCGUGUACACCACCAUCGUUCAUGCGAUAAAGAGUCACAAGGAUGUUAUUGGAAACAGGCUUGCAUCGUCGCUAGAAGAAAUUCCCGAAGUCGCAAAUUGGCCGACAUCGACAUCGACGGCACCUCUCUCGCUGAAAAUCAUUGAAAAUCGCGUACGUUCGAACGAAUACGCAACUUCACAAGAAUUCGAUAAGGAAAUGAUUCGUCUUUUUGAGAAGGCACGAAGAUGGCACGAACCUUGUACUGAAUCCUACGGAAACAUUCUCCUCCUUCAGAGGUUUUACCAAGCUUUGACUUCAAGUAAUCCCCCAUCGGGACCACCUUACAGUUCGACCACAAACUUUGCAUCCUUAAGAGCGGGUCCGGGAAAUGUCAAACCAGUCCAUGGUGACGGGGAGGGUGUUGCAGGGGUGACCAAUCACAGGGUCAUAACGCGAGAGAAGAAAUUCGUGGAUGAAGUACACUACAAAGGUUGGACAGUGAAACUUGCAGAUUGGUUGCAUUUAAGCAACCCUGAUGACCCUACGCGGCCCAUCAUCGCUCAGGUAUUUCGAUGUUGGAUUUCAGAGGAAGAGUCGAAGAAGGGACAGGUCGGAAUAACAGUUUCGUGGUAUUAUAGGCCCGAGCAGACUUACCAUCCCCCCAACCGAGUAUUCUGGGAAGGAGAGGUUUUCAAAACCAGUCACUUCGCCGAACAUCCCCUCGCCGAUAUCAUCGAGAAGAUCGCUUGCCAGUUCACUGCACGGCAUAUUCGGGGAAGGCCUCGUGCGCCCUUCUGGUGGCCGGGCUUUCCGCUGUAUGUUUGUGACUCACGAUAUAACGACCGCGACCGCAUCUUCGUCCGAAUUAAGAACUGGAACUCUUGCAUUCCCGAAGAAGUUCGUAAAAGCGAUGAGUUCAUGCCAAUAUACCCUUUCGAGCGGGCCGUAUACCCAAGUCGAUUGGCAAGUCCGUUUCUAACCACGGGGAAAAAGAAGUUAAAAGGUCCUGGUGGCUUACUCGAGCAGUCCGAGCCUGCGGAAGUCGAGACUACGAAUGCCGAUGGCACGGGUCGAAAGUCUCGUCGCGCGCUGGGAGAUGCCGGGCAUAGCAAAAGCCUGACGUUCAAUGCACUUCAGAACCAUGCUACGCUUUCGGCGCAGCAACAUGUUCAACAGACCCCUGGAAAUACGGCUCAGACCGUCCAUACUUACCAACAGCAGCAAGCACCUACACCCAGCUCGAAGCCAGCUCUUGAUAGGACUGUUCUUACAGCGGCUGGGGGACCUGCUCUAGGGAACAAUGUGCAUGUUCAAAAACUGCCUCCCGAAACUACCCGCCACUUUGAUCGAGACCCGAAGACGAACGAAGUGCUUUGGUUUUCGUCGCCUCCGGUCAACGCCGCACCUGCACCCACUCCAAGGCAUAGCUUAGCUUACCUUCAUUUUUUGGCCAAGAAGCGGAAAAGCGAUUGUCAGUCUGAUGAGGGAGGUGAUGAUUCUUCGCCAUCGAAGAAGAAUAGAUUUUUGGCACCACCUACUGUUCUGGAGACCCUGGCGGCAGUCAUUGAGAAAGAGAAGGCAUCGACUUGAAUGUUGUAUGUUAUACAGACACCAGCCCCGUUUCUUGUAGGCAGAUGAAGAAACGGAUCGGAGGGUACCACUGUUAAGGAUCAUUUGCAGGCGACGUCUUAUCUCUCGAGCACGAUUCUUCAAUACCAGGCUUGGAUGGGCAUGUCAUUUCGCUGAACAUGUCAACUGUACCGUAGG